GUCGAUUGCAUGUGUAAUUUCAGUAAACAUUACCCGGAUCGUCACAGAUCGGUGCCGCAUCCUUGCCGUACGAAGAGAGCCGGCAGAAUUAUCCUGCUUUCCACCCUAAAGUGAUAAAAAAAGAAGUGCUCAUCAUGUUCAUUACCAACAUACUGCUGAAGAAAGCGAAAAGCAAGAAUAUCCUCGUGCUGAUGGAAAGUGCCGUCAGUGGGCAUCAGUUUACCAUGAUCCGUGAGCGGUUGGCCGACAAGCUGGAACUGCAGCGCUUUGACCCAUACAGUAAGGGCCCCAGGAGUUGGGGAGGGUUGGAUGCUGGGUGUAGCAUCACGGAAUAGUGAUGGGAGCUCGAAAUCGGACCUACCCGAUGCUGCUUCCGAAACAAUUCCGGAGCCGGCUCUGGAGUUGAAUCCGGAGCCGAUUUCGGAGUCAACUCCAAAUCCGGAAUCGAAAUUGGCACCGGAAUCAGAAUCGGCUCCGGGAUCGGAAUCGACCGGAGAAUCUCCAGAACUCCAGACAUGGAAUUAGCUCCGGAAUGAGAAAUAGUUUUUGAAUUGAAAUAAGAAGUUUUAGAAGCGAAAUCAGUCCGAGAAUCAUCAUGAGAAUGAAUACUUUACAACUAAAUUUGGAUUCUUUGCGGCUAUCAAUACGUAGCAUCCUUGGAUCCAAAUGCCUAUUCUAAUGGAGAUACCGAAACCGCCUACGAUUUCCAAACCGAUUCUGAUUUCGGAGCCAAUUGCGAUUCCGUAACCGAUUUUAGAGACUGAUUCCGGAUUUACUAUCCGGAAUCGAUUCCAGAAAACUUCAGAGCUAGCUGGAAUCGAUUCGGACGAAAACUUCAUUCUUCCCAUCACUAUCACGAAAGCAGGAGGCACGCCAUCUCUGAUCGGUUUUUGUUUACUUUUACUUGCAGUUCAAAAGAUGUGCCUGUACCGGGAGCGCAAACGGCUACGAAGUCUCAACUAAACGGGGUCCCAUGUAUUUUUUCCCCGGCAUUAUCCGGCUGCAGUCGUAGUUUGUGUACAUAAAUAAACCAAUAAACCGUGCGUGUGUGUUUGUGCGAAGCUUACCAAAA